CGCGGAUGCAGCGGCAAUUCGUUGUGGAACACCGCCGGUCGCGAGCACUCCACCGGCUCUCGCGGAAUCACCACGGGCACGUGGAUAUCGUCGCUGUCAAGGAUUACUCAGUGAAUCUUUAGCCAGAUUAUCGAGGUGCACCUUACUUCAAACGUGUGAAAAAAAAAACAAAUCAUGGAUCCCGAUAGCUUCAAGGAUUACGCCAACGAGAUGGCGGAAUACAUCACAAAUUAUUUGGAAAAUAUUAGAGACAGGAGAGUCUUGCCAACGGUAGAACCAGGAUACAUGAAACCCCUCUUGCCAUCCGAAGCGCCACAAACCCCUGAACAGUGGCAAGAUAUAAUGGCCGAUAUCGAACGAGUAAUAAUGCCAGGCGUUACUCAUUGGCACAGUCCAAAAUUUCACGCAUACUUUCCCACUGCGCAAUCGUAUCCCUCGAUUCUAGCCGAUAUGUUAAGCGGAGCUAUUGCGUGUAUUGGAUUUUCGUGGAUCGCGAGUCCAGCUUGUACUGAACUAGAAGUGAUCGUAUUAAAUUGGCUGGGAAAAAUGCUGGAUUUGCCGAAGGAAUUUCUUGCCUGCAGCGGUGGGAAAGGCGGUGGCGUAAUUCAGGGCACUGCUAGCGAAGCCACUUUGGUAGCGUUACUAGGAGCGAAGGCUAAAAAGAUAAAGCAAGUUAAAGAACAACAUCCCGAUUGGAUGGAAAACGAGAUCGUCGAAAAACUAGUCGCAUACUGUUCUUGCCAAGCACAUAGUUCAGUUGAACGCGCUGGACUUCUCGGUGGAGUAAAGUUCAGACAAUUGGAAGUCGAUGAAAAACAUAAGCUGCGCGGCGACACAUUUGCCGAUGCAAUCAGAAAGGAUAAAGAACAAGGAUUCAUACCGUUUUACGCUGUCGCUACUUUGGGUACCACUGUCGAUUGCGCCUUUGAUCGUCUGGAUGAAAUGGGUAUCGUAGCGAAUCGUGAAGACAUUUGGUUGCAUGUGGACGCUGCUUAUGCAGGAUCCGCUUUUAUCUGUCCGGAAUUCAGAUAUUUAAUGAAAGGCAUCGAAAUGGCGGAUUCAUUUAAUUUCAAUCCUCAUAAAUGGAUGUUAGUUAACUUCGACUGCUCUACCAUGUGGCUUAAGGAUCCGACAUACGUCAUAAACGCUUUCAAUGUCGAUCCUUUGUAUCUCAAACACGAUAUGCAGGGUUCAGCGCCGGAUUAUAGGCAUUGGCAGAUUCCACUUGGACGUAGAUUCCGAUCUCUGAAACUUUGGUUCGUAUUGAGGCUCUAUGGGGUCGAGAACCUUCAAAAGUUUAUCAGAUCACACGUCGCUCAAGCACACGAAUUCGAGGCAUUAGUCCUCUCCGAUCCUCGCUUCGAAAUCGUGGGCGAAGUUCUCAUGGGAUUGGUUUGCUUCCGAUUAAAGGGAUCCAACGAACUCAAUGAAGCCCUGCUAAAGAGGAUCAACGGUGCGGGAAAUAUCCAUCUCGUUCCGUCGAAGAUAAAAGACACGUACUUUCUGCGACUCGCUGUCUGCUCUCGAUUCAGCGAGAGCAAGGAUAUACAGUAUUCCUGGAAGGAGAUCAAGCUGAGAGCCAACGAGAUACUUGAGGAGCAAUCGGUUUCGAAGUGAUGGCGCGCUCAGAUAGCUCGCGGUUGCAGAUCGUUAGCGCCUGCCACUUGCAACCAAUCCUAGUUUCAAGUAUUUCCUCACACCCAGCGGAUUUUGAGGACCAAAUAGACUAAAGCGACGAAUGAUUAAUAGGCGGUCUCAGACAGUUCUGCAAUAAAAAAUAAUAAUUUUUGCAAACAUUUUUAAAUUUCAAACGAUUAAACAAUACUCCAAAAAUGCAUUUGUUCGCCAAGUAAGGCAUUCUAAUUUGGAAGCCAUUAAGUCAAUGUGGCUUAAUUAAUCAAAUAUUUGUUGAAAAUUAAGAAAUUACGAAUAACGGCCGUUGGUGAAAUUUUAGAAAAUUAACUGUGUAGUCAGAAUUUAAGUGUGACAUCAAAUUGGAAUAUAUAGUAUUUUAAUAUUUUGGAUCCAAUAUAUUUUAUUACUUUAAUGAAAUGUUAUAUGUUAAUAAUUUAACA